AUGUUGUUUGCGGUGUUGUGUUCGCUGUCGCAACUGAUGCCUGUCCACUGUGUGAACCCUUUAGGUGUUAUCCAUUGGGGUAAAAAGGGAGUCGUGGCUGGCGUUCAUAAAUCGGUGGCUACGGCUAAGGCUAUUGGCGCCAAAGCAUCCUUCUUCCCGAUUGUCGGCGCAAAGAAAGCGCUUCUAUUGGCACCGAUUACUAUUCCUCUGGCUAUUGGCGGAAAGGCUAUUUUAGCGGCCAAACUAGCGGUUCCGAUGGGCAUUGGAGCGGCAAUUGGCGCUCCGAUCGGUGCUCUCAUUGGUGCCAAAGCCGGUGCUCUUAAAGGGGCUCUCAUUGGAAAAGCAUUGAUUGCCGCCAAACUAGCGUUGGCUAAGAAAGUAGCCGUCGGUGCAACCGCUCUGGCAGUCAAACCUGUUGUCAUCGCCGCUGGACUCAAAGCUAAGGCCGCCAGCGCUGGUAUCGGAUUGCUUGGAAAGGGUGUGUCUGCGGCCGGAUCUCUGGUCACUAAAGCUGGCGAUCACUUAAAGUCUGCGUCCCAUAAAAUAAAUGGUUUUACAUCCACUCUUCACAACAGCAUCAGAGUUCCGACAUUUUCUUUGCCUCAAUUUUCUCUGCCAUCACUUCCAGUAUUGGAGACCAAGUCCUAUCCGAAAGGACCGACUUCUGUUGAAUACUCUCUCGUCAUGAAUGGUCCGCACACUGGAUAUCACUCCAAAAAAGGCAGUUUGUAUUCUUCUACUAACUAUAGACGCAGACGAGAGGCACAGCCAGACCCGGCACCGCAGGCUUCAGCCAACGCACAACAAUUGCUACAACUGGUCAGAUCUCAAAACGCACAGCAAUGCCUUCAAAGGGUUAUCUGCGAACUGACCGCUAAUCCCAACUCUCACGGCAAUGAUGGCGUCAGAUUUGGACGAAGUCUUAUUUUACUAGAAUCUCAGACCGACAGAGCGUCGGCACAACAGUACAGACAGGCGGCCACUACUGGAUCUCAGGUGCAAAACGAGCAGUUUUGCACUCAAUUCUUCCCCACCUGUGCCUUUCAAUCGGGAGAACUCAUUAGACUUGGAAAUCAAAUGAUCGGCGGUUAA